CCACGUUGGCCCGUGCAGUGUUUCGCAAAUAUACUUCUCGUCCGGAGCGUUGUCUUUGGACUCGCAUGGCGCAAUCUAAGAAGCUGAUAAGUCGAACCCCUGGGGACACUACAGAUUCUGGCGACGGAGGUGUCGCACAAUAAUGUCCGUUACAUUUGGGCAGAUGCAGCAGCUUCUCUAUCAGCAGCAGCUACAGUUCGAGAAAUCAAAGAGACAAUUGCUCGCGUUAUUUGCGCAGAAGUUGGACGUUCAAUCUGAGCCCCAAUCUGCUGGCACACGAUCUUCAGUAGACGCGGUCACGACAGCAAUCACAGAGUUCGUUUUCGAUGAAUCAAACGGAGUAACUUUUGAUUCCGUGUUCAAGAAAUAUGAAGAUCUUUUCCGCGUUGAGUUGGUGGCGCAACCUGAUACAUACAAAGUUCGGUUGUUGAUGCGUAAACUUGGUGCAGUUGAGCAUGAAGGUUAUACCAAUUUUGUGUUGCUAAAGAAUCUAAGAGAGUUCCGCUUCGAUGAGACUGUGCAGAUUCUGACGUCCAUUUUCGG